CUUAUUGUCUUUAGGGUAAAAAAUGGGUCAUUUAUGUUACAGGCUUUAGAAUGUCAUAAGAUGUCUUUAGGGUAAAAAUUGGGUCAUUUAUGGAUCGUACAAAUGUUGCACAGUAUGCAUAUGGAUUGGCUACACUGGGACACCAGCUUCAUGCUUUGGGAGUGAUAGACAAUCCAAAGAUAGACCUUAAUGAUCCUUUGGCUGAGGACUUGAUGAGUUUUUAUGAGAGAAUGGGGGACACAUUGGCACACCAAUAUGGUGGCUCAGCAGCUCACAACAAGAUAUUUUCUCAGAGAAGGGGGCAAUGGAAAGCGGCAACUCAGUCUCAGGAAUUCUUCAGAACUCUUCAACGUUAUUACAGUAAUGCAUACAUGGAUGCAGAGAAGCAAUAUGCUAUCAUUCUUGUAACUAACACCUUGGAAGCGGAGUCCUUUUUUUAGAAUAAAUAUUCCGAUAUUUGAAUGUAAUAAGACCUGUAAUAGAAAAUUGUUUUAUCUGCUGACUUUUAUGGGCCAUGUCUUGUUCAAACAUUGUUGCUGCCUCAAUAGAAACAAUUAGUUCGUUUUACUCUUCUUUUCA